AUGGGCCGCAUUUCGAAACACCUCAGCCUAGCCUGCGAGGCGGGGGCGGUGUACCGACUCCUGCUUUCAGGGGUCUCAAAGUCAGAGCUUGAGAUUCAGAAAGAGUUGCUGACAGCAGCCUUCGGCCAUGAUCCUCCAGACGCGGGGAACUUUCAUCCAAAGGCCACGGCACGGAUCGCCGGAGCAGCUGCGGCUCGGAGGCAAGAGCUGGGAGCCGUGAAUGCCUCCACUGCCUUGCAUUUGCUGGCACAAGCGCGAAAGCCAGGGGAGGUUUGCGGCAUAGCCCCUGAUCUCAUCAUCACGGUGGUCGGAGGUGCAGCACAACCCCGAGAUCUGGCGAUCGCCAGCUGGGCAGCCGCGCGCCUCAGCGUGGACGCCUUUAAGGCCGACGCGGGUCACGCAGAGGCGCUGCAAGCACUGCAGGAGGCGGUGAAGGCAUCCUGUGGAGAGAUGGAAAGCCAGGAUGUGGCAAAUGUUGCUUGGGCGUUUGCAAGCAUGCAGGUAGAGGCCUCCCAAGGCAUCCUUUGGCAUCUGGCGGAGCAUUCCACAUCUCGCAUCUCAGCGUUUAGUCCAAGGCACCUGGCAAUCCUUACUUGGGCCUUGGCCAAGACAAAGCUUCGGCAUGAGACCUUGAUGAAGAGCGUGGCAGAAGCGUUUGAAAGCUCACAGGGCGCAGAGUGGAUGCCACAGGAUCUCUCGAACUUCAUUUGGGCCUCAGCUGUCCUUCGUUGCGACUCCCCUCUGGAGCAGAUGGCCUCCCGUGCAGCCGCGCUGCGGUGGGAGAAGUUUCGGCCCCAGGAGCUGUCGAUCGCCAUGUGGGCGGCCUACUCCCUUGGUGUGGCAGAGCGCAAGGGCUCGGCACAACGUGCCGUGAAGCGAAUGCUGCAGCAUGGGGCCCGGGAGAUUCGGGUGAGGCUCGCGAAGGACUUUGAGCCGCUGCACUUGAUGAAUGCUGCCUGGGCCUUGGCACGCUGGCAACGGCAUUGUCGCUUGGCAGGGCUGCCGCAGGAGUGCAAAGACUACGUUUGCCGCCCAGCUUUGCGGAUCUUGGCCGCGGAGGCGGCCAAGGACUUCAGUCGCUUCGGCGCGCGGGAGCUUUCACGGCUGAUGUGGGCAGUGGCAAGUCAGUCCUGCCUGAGGCUGCGAGAGAUGGGGCCACCCCUGCGCGACUAUGUGAGGUCAUCACAACUUCAGGCGUUUGACCCUGAUGACCUCGUGAGUUUGGCCACUUCGCUCUCCUGGAUGCUGGAGCGCUUGGUUUGGGAGCUUCCUGCGCGCCGCACGCACUCCCGGGUGAGUCAGGAGCUCAGGGGUGCAGAUGAGGAGACCAAGUACAGAUGA